AUGGGCGACAACUUGACGAUAUUCGUAUCGACUGCGCGCCGCUCAAGAUGGGGCUGCCAGGCCUGCCGCAACCGCCGCAAGAAAUGCGACGAGGAGCGUCCCUCGUGCCAGGCCUGCAUCGACCGCCGGGUGCCCUGCGUGUACAGCGUCCCCAAGUCGCAGCGUCGCUCGACGUCCGCAUACGUCCCACUGCGACAGGCGUGUAGCCGUCGCCCCGUGAUCGACGACGACCCGGGCGCCGCCGCCAUCAUCAACGCGACGAACCAUCCGAGCGUCAUCCUCCCCGCGACACCGACGCCAACGACCAAGACGCUCAACGCUAGCGGUGGCAGUGGUAGUAGUAGUAGCGGCUUCGUCGCGCACUUCCACUCCAUCGUCGCGGGCCUCAUCUCCUUUGCCCCGUGCGGCGCGCAGAACCCCUUCUUCGCGCACGUCCUGCCGCUCGCCUCGGUGUCGACGCUCGUCCGCACCGCCGUCGAGGCCGUCGCCGCCGCCCAUCUCCAUGGCCUGGGCGUCGCCCCGCGACUGCGCGCCCAGUCGCUUCAGCUUGAUACGCUGCGCCAGCUGGCCGCCGGCUGCGUGCGCCGCGGCGGGGGCGAGAUUGGUGCGGACGCGCGGGAGCAGCUCGUCACGGCGAGCCUGCUGCUCAUCUACUACGAGGUCGUCCUGGGCAGCUCGGUCCGCGCCGCACGCUGCCAUCUUCGCGGGGCCAAAGCCAUCCUCGACACGGAUCCGUCCCUACUAGGCCACAGCCAAGGUCACGGCGGCGUACAGCAGCAGCAGCAUCAGCAGCCCAGUGCGCGGAUGCGCUUCCUAUGCAAGGUCUUUCUCUACUUUGACGUCAUGAUCGCGCUGUCGCUGCGCGAGGCGCCGCUGGGCCUGCGCCUUGCCUCCCCCAUCGACGCGGGCGGCGUUGUCGACGAGACGUUUGGCCUGACGGGGAGCCUCUGGCCCAUGAUGCAGCGGCUGGCGGAGCUCCUGGCGCGGCGCCAUCAGGGCGAGUGCGUCUCGCGCGAGGCCGAGGUGCUGGAGCAUGAGCUGCAGUCGUGGUCCAUCGAGAGCGCCGCCCCUAAUGAGCCGCCGUCAUCGUCAUCAUCACCAUCAUCAUUAUCAACAACAACAACGGCAGCAGCAGCAGCAUCAUCAUCAUCAUCUCCAGUGUCUUUAGCGUCGCCGCCGCCGCUGCCGCACCCAACACCCACCGGCGUAGACGCCGAGGCCAUGGUCCAGAUCGCUCAAACAUACAAGUACAGCUCCCUGCUGACGCUCUACUCGUCGACGCUGCUCGACGGCGGCUGCGCUAUUGCGUCCGGCGCCGCCCAGUCCUCCUCCCCGCCGCCAUCCCUCGUGCAACAAGAGACGUACCGCCGCGCCCUGGACAGCCUGCUGCGCGUGUGCGUGCUCUCGGGCACCAUGUCGACGCUGACCUGGCCGCUGUAUACGGUCGCGCUGCAGGCGCGCUCCGCGUCGGACCGGACGCUCGUCGAGCAGAUGUUUGCGCGCCUGCAGCAGCGGCAGCACAUGAGGGUCGUCGACGAUGCGAGGCGGAGCGCCGCGAAGCACUGGGGCCGGGCCGGGCAGCUCGUCGUCGACGACGACACGACUGUGGCAGCAGCACUCCAGGAAGCGGGCGGCGAUGCGGCGAUUCUGCUUGGUUGA